CGAGAAAUAAACGAAAAAAAUGAAAAGCCUAUAAAAUAUUCCCACACACCCACAAUUCACUUUUCUCCUUAUUGCAAUAUUCAUUCACCUUUACCUGUCCACUCACAUCCCCACUCUUCUACAGAUACCAACGAACACACGGUCCAUCGUUCAAUGGACCCAGCUUUUCACCCUCCUUUUUCCUUACCAAACUUAUAUCAGACCCUUCCUUUCGGGACAUGCUGCGCUAUAUUCAUACUGUGGGCGGUACACCACAUACUCUGUCAACGUUAUGCACCCAUCACAAUUACGGGGCCUACUCGCAGAGAAGAAGUAGGCGCUCAUGGAGAGACGACUGAAGAGCUCGUCCAUAAGUGGUGCAAAAGCCUAAAGGAGGGCUUCACAGCUAGCUGGUGGUUGCCAAAUGGCCAUGCUCAAACGAUUUAUUCGGGAUUGGCAGACUUUUCUAUGGAUGAUCAUGUAACUUAUCAGAGACAGCUUCUUCGACUUCCGGAUGGAGGAACAAUCGGUGUUGAUGUCUAUCCGCCUCUCACUACUGAGCUGGCAGACGAUGCCCCAGUCAUCGUCGUCAACCAUGGCCUUACCGGGGGCAGCCAUGAAAGUUAUGUGAGGAACUUGGUCGUUUGGCUCACCAAGCCUAUCGCUGAAGGAGGUCUAGGUGGACGAGCAGCUGUAGUCAAUUUCCGUGGAUGUGCCUCAACUCCACUGACUUCUCCUCACCUUUAUUGCUCCGGCAACACCAUUGACAAUCACACGGCUACAACAUAUCUCGCCAGUCUAUUCCCCGAUGCCCCUUUACUCGGAGUCGGCUUCUCCCUUGGCGCAGCGGUUAUGACGAGAUACCUCGGUGAGCAGGGCGAUAAAAGUCGUUUGCGAGCCGCUGUUGUCCUCUACUGUCCUUUGGAGCUAAAGGCGAUGAGCGCCAAACUAGACUCUGCCCAUCUGUUCCCUCGCCUCUAUUCCCUUACAAUGGCUCGCAAAAUUCUCAAGUCCAUCUCUCCCCAUUUACUUCCCCCUUCACCGCUAUCAUCUCCAUCGUCGCCUUUACAUGUCAACAUUCCAGAAAUCCUUUCCCUAUCCUCUUCAGUCAAGUAUAAAUGGACACUUCGUGCCAGUAAAGUGACCGAAUUAGUAGUCACAAAAGUCGGCGGCAGUGCGCCUUGCUUCCCCUUUGAAGGCAUGGACCAGUUCCUGGAGUGGGCUUGUCCCAGUGGAUGGAUAGGUCGCAUCAAGAGGCCGACGCUGGCUAUUUCUGCUCUCGAUGAUCCCAUAGUAUCAGGUGACUGCCUUCCCUAUUCUGCAGUCCGCGCUUCAUCGCACAUGAUACUUGCGGGAGUCGCACAAGGCGGACACUUGGGCAGUUUUGAUUCGCCUUCCCCCUUUGGACCUGAUAGACACCGUCGAUGGCAUGUUCGACCUACGAUCGAAUUCUUGCGUGGGGUUAUCAAGGAUUUGCCCAAAUCAGCUUCUGAACAAAAGCUGGGUAGGGUUCAAGUCGAAGAGAGGGAAGACGGGUGGUCUUGGGCCGGAGAAGUCGGAUGGAAACUUGUAGGUGAGGAAGAAGAGUGCGGUUGGGUGGGAAAUGGUAUUUGUGAGAGUGAGAUGGAUGGGGCAGGUGCGAGCGUGUAGGCGGGGGAGAGAGCUGCCGCUUUUUGAUUGCCGAUGAUAUGGAAUGAAAGAUAGAUUAUUACGAGACGAAAUGUUGAUGUAGAUGGAUAGCGACGAGUGACAUGUAACUCGCAUCCCCGUACUGUAUUAUUGUUGGGGUAGUAUCACAAACAAACAUACAUACUAUAGACUCAAAAAGUCGG